GCUCCCACCUAUUGAUUCAUCCUCACCUUGACCUCGUCAGCCUCAAAUCCUACCAGCAGUCCAGCACAGGCAUUGCCUUAUACUAGCUAGCGUGCGCGAGAGAUGGGAUCGGAGGCGGAGAUGACCGCCCCCCUCCUUGCCGGUGUGUCGCCGGCGGUGGAGGCGGUGCCGCCGUGGCGGGAGCAGCUGACGGUUCGGGCGAUAGUGGUGAGCGCCAUCCUCGGGGUGCUCUUCUGCCUCGUCACGCACAAACUCAACCUCACGGUGGGGAUCGUCCCCUCGCUCAACGUCGCCGCGGGGCUGCUCGGUUACUGCCUCUUGCGGACCUGGACGGCGGCGCUGGGGAUGUUCGGCGUCGUCUCCAAGCCCUUCACCAAGCAGGAGAACACCGUCAUCCAGACCUGCGUCGUCGCCUGCUACGGCCUCGCCAUCAGCGGGGGAUUCGGAUCAUAUAUGCUUGCAAUGGAUCAGAAAACUUAUGAGCUUAUUGGGACUGAUUAUCCUGGUAACAGGGCAGUGGAUGUGAAGAAUCCCUCACUGAGUUGGAUGAUCGGGUUUAUGUUUCUAGUUAGCUUUCUUGGUAUUUUUAUUCUCGUUGCGCUGCGCAAGGUGAUGGUGAUUGAUUGCAAGCUAACAUAUCCUAGUGGAACUGCCACUGCUAUGUUGAUGAAUAGCGUCCACACUACUACUGAAGUUGAACUUGUAGAAAAACAAGUUAGCUGUCUUGGAAAAUAUUUAAGCAUAAGUUUUAUUUGGAACUGUUUUAAGUGGUUCUUCAGUGGUGUUGGGGAUUCAUGUGGCUUCGACAAUUUCCCUUCACUCGGCCUUGCAGCAUUUAAGAACACGUUCUAUUUUGACUUCAGUCCAACCUAUAUUGGAUGUGGUCUUAUAUGCCCGCAUAUUGUUAACUGCUCUGCACUUGUUGGAGCCAUCAUAUCCUGGGGUUUUCUUUGGCCAUAUAUAUCUACCAAAGUUGGGGAGUGGUAUCCAGCUGAGCUUGGAAGCAACGACUUCAAAGGACUCUAUGGGUACAAGGUUUUCGUAUGCAUAUCCUUGAUACUUGGGGAUGGUAUUUAUAAACUCAUUAAAAUCGUUUAUGCAACUAUCAAGGAAACAAUGAAUGCACAAUCAAACAAAGGAAGGCUUCCCCUUGUUUGGGUUCAGGAUGGUGAUAACAUUUCCAAAUUACCAGCCAAGGAAAAGCUUCUGAAUGAGGUGUUCGUGAAAGACAAUAUCCCUCCUUGGUUGGCAGGAUCUGCUUAUGUGGGCCUUGCAGCAAUUUCAGCUGCAAUUGUACCGAUGAUGUUCCCACAACUCAAGUGGUACCUUGUCCUCUCUGCCUAUGUUAUUGCUCCUCUACUCGCCUUCUGCAACUCAUAUGGCACUGGCCUAACAAACUGGAACCUUGCGUCCACAUAUGGGAAGAUUGGUCUUUUCAUUUUUGCCUCAUGGGUUGGCCAUCAUGGUGGUGUGAUUGCCGGCUUAGCAGCGUGUGGUGUUAUGAUGUCCAUAGUAUCCACAGCUGGUGAUCUCAUGCAAGACUUCAAGACUGGUUACCUGACCCUCUCAUCGCCAAGGUCUAUGUUUGUGUCACAAUUGAUUGGAACUGCCCUUGGUUGUGUCAUUGCUCCCCUCACCUUUUGGCUUUACUGGAUAGCCUUCGAUAUUGGCAAUCCCAAUGGCAUGUUCAAAGCUCCAUAUGCUUCCAUCUACCGUGAGAUGUCAAUCAUGGGUGUUGAGGGAUUCUCAGUGCUGCCGCAACAUUGCCUAGCAAUCUGCUUUGUCUUCUUCUUUGCAGCCAUAGCAAUCAACUUCCUGCGAGAUGUGACCCCGAAAAGCAUGUCCAAAUUCAUCCCACUCCCGAUGGCCAUGGCUAUUCCAUUUUACAUUGGGGCAUACUUUGCGAUUGACAUGUUUGUUGGGACUAUCAUCUUAUUUGUCUGGGAGAGGGCGAACCAUAAGGAGUCCGAGGACUUUGCAGGUGCGGUUGCUUCUGGUUUGAUAUGUGGUGAUGGUAUAUGGAGUGUCCCUUCUGCGAUAUUGUCCAUCAUGAGGAUCGAUCCACCAAUGUGCAUGUACAUCAAGCCAUCCCUUACAUACGGCUGAAAAUAUAGGAAAUUAAUUCAUUUUAUGUGAUAGUACCACAAGAGAGCAGAAUCACGUUGUGUACAUAUUUUGCACUUGUUUAGACCUCCAAAAUAUAGAAGUAUGUAAUGUGUCU